AGAGACAGGAAGAGGGGAGGGCCACACGCGUCUUCUGCUCCUCGUAUCCUCCCACCAGGUAUAUAUUUUUUCCUUUUUCCCUUUGUAACUUUACUUCAAGACACUGGAGAAUGGAGAGAAGGCUGCAGGCGCAAUGGGGAGCCUGGGAUGCCCACUGUGCUGUCAGCAAGACUUUGGGUCGGUGGGUGCCCUGCGGGACCACCUCAUUUAUUAUAUCUACCGGCCGCUGCAGUGUGGCGUGUGCUGCCAACAUCUAAAUGGCAUACAGGAGCUCACAACUCACUUCAAGUGCCACAUGAGUGACGGACUGCCGGCCACUGCCAAGCUGGCUUGUCCAAAGCCACCACCAUCCACUGGAGGUGAGUCUAAUGUUCCAAGCACCCCGCCGCCCACCGACACCACUGCCCAGGAAAGUGCUGCAGCUGACCCUGAUGCUGGUAUUGGCAGUUCUCAGCUAUCUGAUGGGUUUUCCAACUACAUGAAGGGUAACGAUGCUGCCAACCAGCUGCUGAAGCUGCGCGAGUGGCAGCUGGAGAAGUGGGGAAAGAACUUCAGCAGGCAGCGAGCUUCCUUCGGCAAGUCUCCCGGCAUGCUGGAGCUGAGCCCCGCCAGCGGGAGAAUGCACAGAGGCAGCCCUCCGGUGGGUGCAAGGGAUCGCCGUCCAUCCAGCCAGAACAGCUGCUGCACACCACGCUCAGAUGUCCACUCUCUCGGCAGAAGCAUCGACUCCGUGGAGAGGUUUGACUCCUCUGCUACGCCACUCUCAGUGUAUGGCAACACAGGUUCUAUGGAUGUGUCUGAUCACAGCAUUUGUCCACAGUCUGCAGGCAAGGAUGUGUCAGAAGAUCUUGGUCUACACUCACCAGCACAGGCUAUCAGUGCAUCUUAUGGACCUCCUUCCCUUCCACCUGAACAGACAGCCCCCUCCCCCUUGAAAGCAGUGGCAGCUUCUCCUAAUCCUGGGAUGCCUAGCUCUCCAGUAAUAAUGGGAGCUGCAAUAUUACCAAAGAAUGUAAACUAUUUGGGUUGUGUUCCUCCUGAAUCUAGUGCGUCCUGUGAUGUAGAUGUGAACCAACAACCUGGGAGUGUUGCAUCGCCUUCGCUCUAUGUGCUCAGUGCCCAGGAAGUGGCCUCGUGUAGCCUCCCACCUUCAAGAAAUGAGUUUCAAGACCUUCAGGAGUACAGUGUGUGUGGGACGGAAUUUGCCAAACAUUCCAGCAAAAGUCCAGAAGCUCCAAACAGUGCCAUAAAUGUUGACUCAUAUGAAAACAGCAACAAUUUGCCUCUGCUCGGAACUGUAGAUUCAGAUGAGUUCAGUGCAGACGUAUGUUCACCCAGCAAACAGCACCAAGAGCUUCAGCCGGUCACUGCUAAUAGGGAACUGCCUCAAUCAAUCACUCCCACAGAACUUCAGUCUGUCACUGUUAAUGAAGAACAGCCUCAACCACUCACCGUGGAUACAGAGCAACUUCACUCGGUCACUGCCGAUGAAGCACAGCCUCAACCAGACACUGUGAACAGGGACCUCCUUCAGUCACUCACUCUUAGCAAAGAACAGCAACAACCUGUCACUUUUGAUAUGGAAGAAAAGUCUGGAGUUGCUUCUGGAAUGCCUGAGUUGUGGGCGACAUGUCCCAGCAACCAGAGCCCUGCAGUGGACAAACAUUCCGAAAUUUCCAGUAAACCACAGCAGCAGAGUGGCACUGAUGGUGACCUGUUAAUUGAUUCCCAGUUGAGUGACAUUGAAGACAGCUUUAGCAAUAGAAAUGCUGCAUACAGUUACUGGUCUUCUAAUUAUGAUGAAGGGAACUUUCACACAGAUAUAAUAAAUUCUAUAUCAAGGAAUGUAAGUUCAGAUGAUGCAUUGAAGAUGAGGAGCAACACCCACUUUCAAGAUGGAAAGAACACAAGUACAAGUGCAUUCCAGUGUUCAGGAAAUGAGGGUCAGGCUGUCCAGGAGGGGAGGUGUGAGGGGCUGUGUUUCCCCUCAACAGACACUAUGCCGUACCUUCACAAGAAAUUCCACCAUGACCAGGAACGGAAGGUGUUGCCCAACACUGGAGUCGAUCAGGUGGCCGACGUAAGCCAAUACAUCAACAGCUUCCAGUCGGUGUUGGUGAGGAAGCUGAAUGGCACACUGGGCGCGGGUAUUCCCAUGAUCUCCAACAUUUGCUCAACGUCCAGCAAGAAACCAGAAAAGGAGAUGAGCCAGGAGGGUCUGGAGCAGCCACACCAGACCCACCAACCACAGACCAAGGAGCACACUUGUGAGGUUUGCCACCAGAAGUACAAAAACCUGUCGGCUUUCAAGCUACACUGCAAGGAGCACAAGAAAGAUGACAAAGACUCAUCCACUGGCAAUCUCUAUAAGGAGUGCCCCAAAGAACCACCAAAGGAAAAACGAAGAAAGAAUGAAAGUUACCAGUGUGAUCAGUGUUCCAAACCAUUUCUUAAGGCAUUCAAUUUUGCCAGGCACAUGCGGGAAGUGCAUGCCAUCAAAAAGUCCUUUACAUGUUUACAGUGCAACAAAGCAUUCAGCAGCAAGAGGCAUUUACAGGAACACAGUGAAAUACACAAGGACAAGAAGGCUCACGAGUGCCCGCAGUGUCACCACCUGUGCUACACCGCCAGUGGGUUACGGACACACAUUCAGGAGAUACACUCAAACCUUGAACAGCAUGCAUAUUACUGUGAUGUUUGUGGGGACAAGUUUGCCAAAGUGUAUGGACUGAAGCGUCACAAGGAGAGGAAACACACCAAGAACCAACUGACCUGCCACAUAUGUUCCAAGAGUUUCUUCUGCAAAGAGGAUAUGAACAAGCACAGCAGGACUCACGUAGGUGUGGCUACACUGAAAUGUGACAGUUGUGACAAAACGUUCAGUACCUCUUGGGUGCUACAGAGGCAUUCAAAAAUACACCAGAGCACUCCUAAAACUUUUACCUGCAAUAUAUGCAAUUUAAGUUUCACACGAAGAGAUUCUUUGGCCUCACACUGCAACGCCCACGCACAGAAGAGGCCGUUUGUUUGUCACUGUGGGAAACGUUUUGUCAGGAAAAGCCAACUCAAGGAGCAUCAGGACAAGCACAGCACCAUCCCCAAGUAUUCAUGUUCUGUGUGCAAACAUUCUUUCAAGUUCAGAGUGUCGCUUAAAAAUCACAGUUGUAAGAAAAAAGAGAACGAAACAAUAAAUUGAUAUUUUU